CUGGCGCCAGGGACCGAGGGGCUAGUUUGGGGGGAUGGGGAUGGGGAGGACAGGGGUCGCGCUGCCGCCUGGAUGCAAAAGGAGGCGACUUUAUCCUGCGACGGCCCAGCUCUGUGAGGUGGGUGGGAUUUUCUCCCACAUCCCAAGGCUGGCAGGGCCAUACUUUGGGGGCGGGGGGCAGUGUGAUGGUGCAGUGACCCAACAGCACUAUGCUCUGAGGGGGCAGCAAAGCUACAUGGAGCGUAGGGCCCCCCCCCCCCCCAAAUGAGGGACUAGCCGCAGCUGCUAGAAAAUGCAGCUGCCGUUCCAACCCUCAUGUCUUGAGUCAGCAUUUUUGAUUCCCUAGGAACGCAGGAGCUACCAUCCUCUGUCAGAAGGCUGUUCAAUCUAAAUUUGCCGUGCCCGGUCCAAUUUGAUAGGGCUGUCAUAUGAGCUACAGGCAUUAAUAACCUUCCCAAAUAUUUUCAGGGAUCCCAGCAUGGUCUUGUUUAUAUGACAACGUAGCGUGAUCAAAACGUCAUAUCGACUUUGUCCUAGAGAUCAAAGGAUUUACAAAGGGCAAACUUGGUUCGUCAGUGUCCCUUUUUUCAAGUCAUUAAAACAUAACUUUGGCAUUAAAACAGUCUUUGGGUCUGGUACAAUGUUAUAAUGCAACAAUUUUGUUCCAGGAGAAAUUAUCUACGAAAUGGUAAUUCCCCUCUGCUAUUAGAACCAUGCAGCUCAGAAAGGAAAACACUGCCAUCCCCUCAAGGAAAUCUGUAGCCCCAAGGUUUUUUGUUUUCAAUCUCAUUUGCUGGUCCAGUAACCAGGUAUCCAAUUAUCUACCUUGUCCGUCAUUGCUUUGAGCAUCGGCUUGGCUAUGAACAUUUUGUCUUUGUUCAUUAGAGUGAAAUAUAUUGUGGUUCAGACUGCUGAGUGCUCCCGGCCGUAUGGAACUCUUUACCUUUGUGUCACAGCAGUAAGAACCUCUCAACGUGCCAUUGAUUUGACUUUGUAAAUUAGUUCAGUGUAAUAGCUAAGGGAAACGGGCUAGAAUCUUAGCUGUACUUUUGCCUAAUUUCUAGAUCUUGAGGGAAACAUCAUUGAUGAUAGUAUACCUGUAAAAAAUGUUUAAUCUUAAUUUAACCCAUUUCUUCUUUUAAAGUGCUUUGUGGAAUACAAAUUGCACCCUGGCUGCAUGUGCCAUAUGGGGGGAAAACUUUUAUGUUUCAGAAUAAAUUGUUUAUAAUGAUCCAGGGAUCUUGAGUUUUACAUCUUUGUCUUUUGUGAAGCUACCAUCUGUUUGUUCUUUCACCCACUCUGUUGUUGUUCUGUAUGAGAAAAUAAAGAAUAAAUACUGAAUUUCUGCCAAGGGCUUCCCUUUAAAGGGCAUACUACAGAUGGUUUAGGCUUGGUUUAGAUUUUUGCUAGGCAAAAAUAAUCGUAUUUCAAAACCUAAUAAUAUACAUGAUUUCAGGAUUGUUUAUUCAUUUAAUUUAAAACUGGCUUUUUAAAUAGUUCAGCCAUUCACCUGCAGAAUUGGCCGCCCAACCGUUGCGGCAGGAUUUUCAGCCCAACCAUAGCGACGUUGCAGUUUGGGCGUGAGAAACGGAAACUGACCCAGCUCAGUGAAAUUUAAAAAGAAACCCACAUAAAUGGUGAAAGUGGAUUUUAAAAAGUGUAAUUUCAACAACAUAAGGUACCCACACCAUAGAUGAAGUAAUAUUCUUCCAAGGUGGCUUGAAUUAAAGCCUGAAUCCUGCAGUUGGAUUUUGAUGGGUGCAAAGUUCUGCCCUUGUGGCUCCGAUUGCAGGAUUGGAACCUGCAUUUUCUGCGUUUUACCAUGCCUGGGUCUCUCAGAUUGCGCCUCCUAAGGCUGCCUCUAUUCAGUACGAAAGAGCCGGUGGCACUUUUUACAGCGUCAUGAGUUUGCCCUGUGUCCUAACUUUGAAAAUUUCCCUUUUCUCUGCUUACCUCCUUAGCCCCAUUUGUGCAGACUAGCUAUUUGGUUCCCUCCACUCUAGAGAUGGCUGCGUGUUAGUGGUGAGUGACGUAAUUCCUGUAUGUAGACUGAAAUGCAAGUUUGGGAUGAAAGGUGCUCUAUCGCAUGCUCUAACUAUUUAUUUACAUAGGCAAAUAUCAUUUGUCUUGCUCCUUUCCACAGCUAGCGAGCUCAGGAACAUGAUUCUCUGGACACUGGUUUUUGCUGUUUAAAUGCUGAUAUAACAAUUAAAGUAACUAUUUGAAGGACCCCAGCAAACUCACUUUUCAGAGUCCCUGGCAGGGGACAUUCUCCAGGGAGACAAGAUGAAUAUCAAAGCAGUCAAAGUUCUGUGUCUUCUGGGGGUCUUUUUCCUCAUGCUGCUCGGGUCCCUCCUGCCUGUCAAGAUAAUAGAAGCAGAUUAUGAGAAAGCUCAUCGCUCCAGAAAGGUCAUUGCCCUCUGCAAUUCCUUCGGAGGAGGGGUCUUCCUGGCCACCUGCUUCAACGCCUUGCUCCCCGCCGUACGAGAAAAGCUUCAAGAAGUUCUCAAGCUUGGGAAGGUGACCGCAGACUACCCCCUGGCCGAGACCAUCAUGCUGGUGGGCUUCUUUAUGACUGUCUUUGUGGAGCAGCUCAUCCUGACCUUUCGGAAGGAGAAGCCUUCCUUCAUCGACCUGGAGACCUUCAAUGCCGGCUCAGAUGUCGGGAGUGACUCAGAAUAUGAGAGCCCCUUCAUAGCAUCUUCCAGAGGGCGCACGCUUUACCAUGAGCGUGGCCACCACUCACACAGCCAUGGCUUGAACGUCCAGGAGCUUUCCCAAUCCAGCCCCUUGCGGCUCUUCAGCCUGGUGUUUGCCUUGUCUGCCCACUCCAUCUUUGAGGGCCUGGCCCUGGGCCUACAGGAGGAAGGAAACAAAGUCAUGAGUCUGUUCCUGGGCGUGGCCAUCCAUGAGACACUGGUGGCUGUGGCGCUGGGCAUCAGCAUGGCCAAGAUCUCAUUAACACUGAAGGACGCUGCCAAGCUAGCACUUACGGUGAGUUUGAUGAUUCCUUUGGGUAUUGGGAUCGGCAUGGGCAUUGAGAGCGCCCAGAACUUGGCCAGCAGUGUGGCUUCUGUGCUCUUACAGGGCAUUGCUGCUGGAACUUUCUUGUUUGUCACCUUCUUUGAGAUCCUGGCAAAGGAACUGGAAGAUAAGAAUGAUCGCUUGCUGAAGGUCCUCUUCCUGGUCUUGGGCUACACGACCUUGGCUUUGCUCGUCUUUUUCAAGUGGUGAAGGCUGGAGUGACUGACAGUAUACCCCGAUUCCUCCCUGUUGUAAAUGGUGCCGAGAACAAGACCCCUUUCCAGCCAAGUAGGGACACUGAGGAACAUCACAGACUGGGAGGUGUUUACGCAUCGACCUGGCAAAAGGGCUGCACAGAAAAUAAGACUGGGGAGUGUCCAGAAAGAGGUUUUGUGUGGCAUUGGAACAAUGGGUUGUGGCGUUGGUGUGGAGAUUGGUGGAGGUCAUGGUGAAGUAACUGGUUGUAACAUUACCGCCGAAGGGACCUUGUCUGCUGUGCAUUCUGCUGUUUGUCUAGAGAUCCCACCCCACAGCACAGGGUAACCUGACUUUAUAUUCUGUCGCUCCUGCCUUCAGUCUCUGGGCUCCAAGGAGGUGAAAAGUAACGGAGAAAUCAAACUGAAAGCAGGCUGGGGUAAUGGAUCACAAAACAGCACUAAGCUGCUUGUGCCAGUUUCGUUUUGAGAAGAAACCUGGUUGGUGUUAAUAACUGCCAAAAAUAUCAACUGUUCUGGGAUACAACAAAUGUCUUUUAGGUGAGAUUUGAGCCAGGAUCCUCUGCUGGCAGAAAUUCUGUUAAACCACAAAAGGUCCGUUGAGUCGGUAUUGUUCCUGAGAGAUUAAUCAAAGAAACAGGCCAGAGUCCUUUUUACCCCCAUGUGUCGUGUUCCAUCACUGUUGUCUGGCCCUUCAUUGCACAGUCACCGAUGUGAAUCUCUAGGAGUUUGGGUAACGAUCACUUUGAAAAACUUAGCAUUAAAAUCCAAAAUCCUUUCCAAAGCAUCCAGGGAGCUCUGGCCUCAUGGUCUUGAGUUUGUAACAAACGGAUGUUUGCAAUUUCCAGAACACAGAGUUAGGGCACUUCAACUGUCUGAGGUGGAUUUUGGUUUGUGGGGGACUCACCCUUGGAUGGAUCCAAAAUGACUCUCCCAAAGCCAUGUCUUCUUUGUGCUAACGUAUUUGCUUCUCUCUUAUACUGGCACAUCUGUCGCAUAUGGUGACUGACGAGGACCAACUGAUGGUGUCUGGCAACCAAUAUUUUAAUUGCUACAGAACACCAAAGUUAAUUAAUCUUACUUGGAAGAAAUGGGGAGGAGCUAAUUAUAGGCCUCAGGUGACCCCAGUUAGCAAGGGCCAGUUAAAAUACAGUUUGGCAUGAUGUGCCAAUUUGGUUCCCAAAUACAGAAUUGCUGGCAGGUGGCAUUGUAAACGUUCUCUCUCUCGUAGCUAGCCACCGCAUGGAGGUUUGCCUCCAGCGCAGCAGUCACAACCUACCCUGCUGCUUCGAUCGCUCGCCCUUCAUUCUGGCCUCUUCAGGGCUUUGAUGGCAAGACAGGCCGUAAUGACUUGGAGAUUUCUGCGUGUAAAACAUUCAAUCAGAUAUGAAAACUACACAACGGCUGUAGAACACAAGUGGCGAGGGAGUAUACUUGGGGGUCUUUGAUGCUGUGAGAUAGGAUAGAUUGUAUUCUUUCCUGCUCUCCCACACUACCUUAGUAUCAGGGAAUCUAUCAGUUUGGUUUGGAUCUUGAAUCAUAGAUUAUCAGGGUUGGAAGGGACUUCAGGGGGUCAUCUAGUCCAACCCCCUGCUCAAAGCAGGACCAAUCCCCAAUUUUUGCCCCAGAUCCCUAAAUGGCCCCCUCAAGGAUUGAACUCACAACCCUGGGUUUAGCAGGCCAAUGCUCAAACCACUGAGCUAUCCGUCCCCCCAAAUCGUCCUCACUGCUGGAGUGACUGAGACCGGGGGGAUGAGUCUAGAAGUUCUGAGUUCAAUUCUGGCUCUGCCAUAGAAGCCCUGAGUGACCUUGGCUAGGUCUUUCCCCCUCUGUGAAAAGGGGCUGAUGAUAUUUAUCCUGCCUCCUGGGAGUGUUGUGAGAAUUAGCCAGUUCAUGUCCUGGCUGUGAAAGUGCUGAGUAUGAUCACUAGAAAGGGGGUGCGUGUGUGGUGAGAAUGGACCCCAACGUGUUUGAUGUGGGCUUUAAUGUGCAGCUAGGCAGGUCACGGGCAGUUCACAGGGGAUUGGUUUUAUGUUGUUCAUUUUGUAAAUCAAAGGUGGGAUGGGUAUUGCUGCCGAUUAAUUGCUGCUUUUCUAAAGCUGGUCUGUGUCUGGCUGCAGACCGUUUUGUCCUGCAUUGGCUCCAUCCUGCAGGUAGGUGGCCAGAAGAUUUGAGCACCUCCAAGACAGUGGAAGUGGGCGGCGUCUGAGUGCCCAGGUUUUCACUUGCCCAUUUGUUCGAGAGCAUUUUGUUUUCCUCCACUUCCACAUUCAGGAUCCUCCCCCGUCCUCAAACCCUUCAGCUGGCCAGGCAGGGCUCAUAUUACCACUGGAUCUCAAUGUGUGAGCGGCAGUCUCUAUCAGACUGACAUGUACAGGCCUGUCAUUUCUCUAAUGCUCUGACUGUGACUGGGGCGGUGUAUUUUGGGGUGACAUGAACUGGAGAAGCGAGGUGCAGAAGAGUUGGAUCUCCCUUCUGUCAUCAGCUCUUUCCUGUAAGAGGAGCCAAAAUCCCAAGGUGGUAUCCAGAUUUGCAUCUCUCCUGUGGCAAACCACAGCCACUGGUAAUGGCUGCCUCUUUACUGGAGCUCCCAUGCACCUCUGCCAGUGCUUGUAGGACACCCUGGUAUUUGCUGAAUGCUAAUCAGAGCAAGGUAGGAGAUGGAGUGCCUCCCUGUAAGUGAUCCACAGCCUGAAGGAUGCUCUCAAGCUAAAUCAAUAGCCAAGACUUAUCCCAACAAAGCUCCAGUGAAUUGCAGGAAUGUGCCUACCCCAGUCCAAACCAGGAAUAGAUUUCCCGGCCCAGAAAGGUGCACUUGCUCAGUGGUACUUCUGAGUUAAGGGCCCUUCUCUGCAGAGUUUGUCCGAAGGAAAGAGCGAGAGUCCAGGUUUCCUUAUCUGGGAAGUUAGCAGCAUCUUCUGUCAGCAUCCUUUCCCCACCCUGCUACUGCUGAGUGGGUGCCUGGCUCAGGAGUGCAGGCCAGAUUGCUUACUCUCUGCUGGGACGCACAGGAAAGCUGCCCCGUGGCUCUGGGCAUGUAUUUGUGCAUGUGCACGUGUGUCCCCCAGCCAGUGCUGCAGAUUUCUUUCCAUGGAACGUGGCUUUGAUUUCAUCUUGACAUUCUCGUAACAAGAUCACAGGACAGAUUGCUGGUCUUUAUGGACAGGGAGCUGCAAGGUCCAGCCCAGGCGCUGCACCAUGCUGAAAUCCUCCCAGUCGCAUCAGAUGGUAGAAGGGCCUUUGCAGCCGUUUACAUUGACCGAGUUAAACUGGCGUAGGCGAGGGGUCAUUCAGCUCCUCUAACUGAAUGUCAAGCGCAUAAAUACCACGUAAAGGAAGGGCUCCUCCUUUCCAGCAUGUGGUGAGUGAUGUAGACCUGCACAUGGAUCACAUCCAGCCCCCUGGGAUGAUGUUUGGUCUGCCGAGGUUUGAACAUGUCUAGCUACCACUCAGCCUGUAGAUUCUUGUAUCAAGAAUGUCUAUACUGCCAUUUCUAGCCCCGCAAGCCAGAGUCAAUUGAUCCAGGCUCGGUGCCUUGGCCCUGCAGGUUUUUCUUUGCAGUGUAGACAUACCCCAUGACACACAAAGAGACAAUGGCCAAACUUAAAACUAGUCCUUGUAACAAGGAGAAAUAACUGGCUUUAGUGCAGUUGCCUUCCCAACCCAGACUAGAAAGAAUGGUGAAAGCUCAGGGAACUCGAGUGGCUAUGAAAAUGACACUCCCAUUUUGAGCGACCUUUUUCGUCUCUCUCGUAAACGCUGGGUUUCUCCAAAGGGGCGUCCAUUCGGGACUAGUGCUGUGGUUAGAGAGAGACCAAACCUGUUAGGUAAUAGAAACAUCCCCUUGGCAGGGCAGAAGGUGUGUCCUCCAAUCAGAUAUCCCAUUUUCACCUUCUGUUAAAGGCCACGUGACCUGUACCACUUUGGUGUAGAUUUCAGUUUCAAAAUAGCUUAUUUUACAAGCGUAGGUCCCGAUUCUGCAGUCGGAUCUACACAGAGGGACCCUGCACUAGCACAAGUCUGAUCAGAAAAUCAGCCAUAACGAAGGGAGAAACAAUUGAGUACACUGUGGGGCAUGAUGAAGUUGUGAUUGUUGUCUGUGUUGUGUGUCCAUAUGAUUGUUGGUUCUCAGAUGCACUGACUGACCCUACUUACCCUGCCUCUGUACCAUAUUUCAUUGUGGUCUGAGGUAAUGUGUUUUUCAGCUAGACAAAUGCAAUGAAUUGAAUAGAAUAGAAGCGAAAAUCCAUCAGCUGCUCUGAGUUUAAGACAGCCCAUUAGCGAGGAGGGCGCCAUGGGAAGUGAAUUUUUGAGCAUACUGGGGUUCUUCAGUGCUUGUGUCACAUCCUAAAUGGAUACGUGUGAAUGUGGGCAUGGUGCUGUGGCUGCCACAUGCAGACUCCUCCUGGGAGGAAGACGCAGUCCCUGGUGAUUUUUUUUAACCAAGGGCUGGGCAGACACAUCUGCAGCCUUUAUAAAUGGCUGGGGGGGGGCGGGGGCGGGGUUGUAAAUAGGAAUGCUGGUGUCAGUAUAAAUAUCUAAAAUGGGACAGAUCUGAAUGUCCGUUAACAUAGGUUAGAAAAUCAGAGGCUAUCUGGAUUUAAAUGAGUAUUUAACCACUGGGCCUUUUUGGGUAUUUUAGAUUGUAGUUCUCUGACCUUCUGCGGAUCCCUUUGUAAGGGGGAGGAUCUUUUGCUAGCCCAUCUGCCCUCCUGGCAUCCAAGUCCCCCUCCCUGAUCCUGACUGUCCCCUUCUGUGGCUCUGUCCGGAGAGAUGUGUCUGUCUCCUAGCUGAGGGGUUGGGAUUAAAAUCCUAAAGCCAACCCUAGCUACAAGAUUUUUUUAAAAGAACUCUGUGGUGUCCCAGGGGCAUCUGCUCAGGAUGGGCAAAUCUGAGUGUACCCCAAGCUAUUAGCAAAGGGCUAAAGGCAUUUUCAGAUUGUUUGGACACCACACACCCCCCAGUAGUGAGAGUGGGACUGAUACAGCUUAAAAUACUCCUGUGGGGGUUGCUCUUGUGCAAGAGAUUGUGCUCACAGAAGAGGAAAGUGUACCCCUCGAGGGAACUGAAAGUCCUCCUGGUAUGGACUGAGGUUUGGCACAGGAGGCAGUCCCAACCUUCAACACGUCGUCCUAGCAGGAUUGAUCGUACUUGUUAAUAUUCCUGCAGAAGGACCCCUUAGAGCCAGGCCUGGGGCGAGUGCUGGUCAUUCAUCAUUCUCGGGUUCUAGGGUUCCAGCUGGGCUGAUGGAAGGGGCGAGCCCUUUGCAAUCAAGGCAGGUUUCUGUUUUGAUAGACUUUGGGAUUUAACUCCUUAAGAGCCACAAAUUUGGCACAUUUUGCAGGUGGAUCAGGGACUGUCUCAGGUCAGACCUUUUCCUGUUAGUCUGCUGUGCUCCAGAAUGAUCCACCCAUGUGUGUGAUGAGAAUAUUUAUUUAACUGCGCGGGCAACUUGCGGUUAUUAUUUGUACAGUUGUUGUUUUGUUUAGAAAAGCAGAAAGCUGACAACUGCUCCCAAUAAACACUAUGUUCUUUUCUUGA